AAUCACUGUGAAUCAGAUUGAAGCAAAGCUGCCUGAAGAGUCCAAGGAUGAAUGGAGACGGCGUGGAUUUGUGGAUUAUAUAAUCCUGCUGGACUGGUUCAGCUCAGCCUCGGACCUUAAAUUAGGCACCACCUUACAGAGUCUUAAAGACGCCCUCUUUAAGUGGGACAGCAUGACCAUCCUGCGCAGCGAGCCGCUGGUGCUGGAGGGGGGCUACGAGAACUGGCUGCUGUUUUACCCCAUGUUCUGCACCAAGGCUAAAGUUCAGCCGCCGAGACAGACGAUCAGCAGCAGCUUCCCUCAGC